AUGCGCCAGGGUUUUCUAGGCACGUUUUGCGAUAGCAUCUGGCGCAGCGAGUGGUUCAAGCAAUUAGCUCUGCAGCCUGCAGUUCUCCAGGUCGCGGAAACCUGGCGGCACAGCGCGGCAGAAGACAAUGAGACCGCUGUGGAGACGCUACACUGGGUCUCUAAACGCCAUGGUCCAGUGGACUCGGGACGGAGACGGAGGGGAGGCAUCAUGGCAGUGACGUACUGGGAUGGGACGUGCGCUCGCUUUCGAUUUCCGGUUAUUCACCACUCGGCUACUCUAUCAAGUUAUCCAACUAUACAUUCAGAGUCCCAAAAUUCUGCCGAGAUGAUUCUUCAUGGAUCCGAGGUUCUCCAGCGCCUACAAGAUUGUCGAUAUUGUAUAUGUCCAAAGAGACGCCUUUCACGACAAGAAUAUGAUGGAUCUGGCUGGGACUUCUGGCCAUUAAAGGGAUAUUUGAUGCGAAAACCAGUUGCUAGAUUUCUCAAUGUGCCGAAGGAAGAGACUGAGGUGUCGGGCCGCACACCGAAUCGGCAAAUCACCCUAAGAAAGACGAGGGCGAUUUCCCGACCAUGGCAUACACCACCCGCACCCGUCGGGCCCAAAUCACUUUGCGGCGUUAGGACCAUUUACCGGCACUGUUCUGUGUCCAUGAUAGUACGAUUCUGUGAAAAGUAUGAGAAGAAGACCAAGACCAGAAUCAAGAUUGCCGUUUCGGAACCGCACCGCUCGACUCCUUGGAUUCCAAAACUCCAUGGACUAGCAAGACUAGGAGCACGACGGGAGAGCACGACGGGAGAGCAUUCGGCUUAUGUCCAGCUAAAAACCGAGACACCGCAGCUCGGCGAAGUGGGGGCUGAGAGAGACCGGCACCGGUGCCCGAAAGAGUUUGUGUUUUCAUCAGGGUGGCAUUUUGUCUCAUCGAGAGGGGGGCACAGCGUCCGAGUUACCAGUUGA